AGCCAGAGUGAAUGUUUGUUGUCACCUUGUUUUGGGUGUGGAAAAAUGGCAUCCGAGACCGGAAGAUACAGAUCAGUUUCUAAAAGCAAAGAUCCCUCCAGUUUACUUAUUUCUGUUAUAAGAACACUGUCCAGCAGUGACGAUGUGCAGGACAGAGAGACAGAGAAGAGCCGCCUGGAGGAUGCUUAUGAAAAGUGUGACCGGGAACUGGAUGAGAAGAUUGUGCGCCACUACACCGAACUGACCACGGCAAUUCGCACAUACCAAAGCAUAACAGAGCGAAUCACUAGCUCUCGCAAUAAGAUCAAACAGGUGAAGGAAAACCUUCUGUCCUGUAAGAUGCUGCUGCACUGCAAGCGAGACGAACUGCGGAAGCUGUGGAUCGAGGGCAUCGAGCACAAGCACGUGCUCGACCUGCUGGACGAGAUCGAGAACAUCAAGCAAGUGCCCCAGAAGCUGGAGGCCUUCAUGGCCAGCAAGCACUACCUGCACGCCACUGACAUGCUGGUGUCUGCGGUGGACUCCCUGGAGGGCCCGCUGCUGCAGGUGGAGGGCCUGAGCGACCUGCGGCUGGAGCUGCACAGCCGCAAGCUCAACAUCCACCUGGUGCUGAUCGACGAGCUGCACCGCCACCUCUACAUCAAGUCCACCAGCCGCGUGGGCCACAAGAACAAGGACAAGGCGCGCAGCAUGGGCUCUGGAGCCAAGGACACGUCUAUUUUGGAUGUCAGCACCCUGUCCACCCCGCGCAAGCUCACCGACACCUCCCAGUUCAGCACUCCAGGGAUGCGGGAGCAGCAGCCGGACGUGUGCGAGGACCUGGACGCGGACCCGGAGGAGAACAGCGCCGAGUUCAUGGGCAUCCUCAUCAAGGCCCUGGCCAAGCUGAAGAAGCUCCCCGAGACGGUCAAGGCCAUCAUGGAGCGUCUGGAGACCGAGCUCAAGCAGAUCCUCAAGAGGUCCACCACCCAGAUUGCUGACCACGCCUACCAGCGGGGAGAGACCCUGGCCCAGGACAACCAGCCCAGGCUGCUGCUGGAACUGCUGGAGCUACUGUUCGACAAGUUCAAUGCGGUGGCUGCAGCUCAUAGCGUGGUGCUGGGCCACCUCCAGCACAUCGUAUCCGCCAGCAGGGGCUCUCAGGAGGGCAUCAAACUGUACGAGCAGGCCGACGUCUCUGCCAAGAUCCAGACUGUGCUCCAGGUGCUGCUAAUGGACUACCUGGACGUGAAGAACAGCCGUAGUGCCGCUGAGCCUUCUGCCCAGCUCUCCUACACCAGUGCCGCCAGCGAUUUUGGGGCCUUCUUUGCCAAAAAGAAACCAAUACAAAGAAAACAGUCACUUUUCAAGUUUGAGUCGUCCUCCCAUGCCAUCAGCAUGAGUGCCUACCUGCGGGAGCAGAGGAGGGAGCUGUACAGCAAGAGUGGAGAGCUGCAGGGUGGCGCUGAUGACAACCUGAUCGAAGGCGGCGAGACCAAAUUCCUGUGCAAACCUGGGGCCAGAAACAUCACCCUCAUAUUCCAGCCUCUGCUGCGGUUCAUCCAGGAGGUGGAGCAGAACAUGGGCCCUGGCCAGGCCAAGCAGUGCCAGCUGCGCACCUUCCUCACCUACUACAUCAACGACCUCUUCCUCAACCAGGUGCGCACCGAGACCAACAAGGAGAUCGAGACCGUCACCAAGGUGGCCGAUCCGCUCAAGAUCCUGGCCAGCGCCGACACCAUGAAGGUCCUGGGCGUCCAGCGGCCGGUGCUUCAGAGCACGGUGAUCGUGGAGAAGUCCAUCCAGGAUCUAAUGAACUUGAUGCAGGACCUGAGCGCCUACUCCAACCAGUUCCUGGAGAUGGUGUGUGACAAACUGAAGGAAUACAAAGAGAUCUGUAACACAGCCUACAGGUUUAUAGUCCAGAGUGAGGAGAAGCUGACCAUCAGUGCCUCCUGGUCAAAGGAUGAGGACAUCAGCCGCCUGCUGCAGUCUCUGCCCAACUGGACCAGCAUGGCUCAGCCCCGCCAGCUGAGACAGAAGAGGGAGGAUGAGGAGGAUUACACCAGGGCUGCCUUUGCCAAGGAGUCGGAGGUGUUGACAGGUAACCUUGGCGACAAGCUGAUCCCGCAAAAUGAGAUCCUGCGCGACGUGAGCGACCUGAAGGCGCUGGCCAACCUGCAGGAGAGCAUGGAGUGGCUUGCGGGGCGCCUCAAAGGCUUCUUCUCCAGCCUGCCACCCGCCUCCAACAUUUCCCCAAGCUCUCAGGACACGCAGACAAGCAGCGAGAGCAUGCGCAGCCGGGAGCAGAUCCUCCAGACACUGACUGACCUCUCGCGGGGCUUCCAGGACAUCGCUGACCGCUGCCUGCUGGCCUUGCACCUGGAAGUCAGAGUGCACUGUUUCCAUUACCUCAUUCCCUUGGCCAAGCAGGGCAACUACGCCAUAGUGGCCAACGUGGAGAGCAUGGACUACGACCCACUGGUGGUCAAGCUCAACAAGGACAUCAGUGCCAUCGAGGAGGUGAUGGCAGCCAGCCUGCAGCAGCACAAGUUCCAGUACAUCUUCGAGGGACUUGGUCAUCUCAUCUCCUGCAUCCUCAUCAACGGGGCGCAGUACUUCAAGCGCAUCAGCGAGUCCGGCAUCAAGAAGAUGUGCCGCAACAUCUUCGUCCUCCAGCAGAACCUCACCAACAUCACCAUGUCCCGCGAGGCAGACCUGGACUUCGCCAGGCAGUACUACGAGAUGCUCUACAACACGCCGGACGAGCUGCUGAACCUGGUGGUGGACCAAGGCGUGCGCUACACCGAGCUGGAGUACACCAACGCGCUGAGCCUACUGCACCGGAGCCAGACGGGCGUGGGCGAACUAUCGGUCCAGAACGUGCGGCUGCAGCGCCUCAAGGAGCUCAUCUGUGAGCAAGCGGCCAUCAAACAGGCCACCAAGGACAAGAAGAUCACCACCGUCUAAGGGGGGUGGACAAGAUCACCACUGUAUAGGGGGUGGGGUGGAUGGAGGCCCCCCCACAGAGGAUGGACUGAUGGAUGAAUAAAAUGGAUGGGAUGUGUUUAUUAAUGUUUUAAUUAUAACCCUCAAAUACACACACGUAUAAACUCAAUGCUUUAACAGAGUCAGCAAGUUACUGAAACUCGGAUCUCUUCUCCUCUCUCUCUCUCCCUCUCUCUCUCUCUUUCUUUUUUCUUACUCUUUUAUUUAUCCAAUUACAGCUCAUCACUCUUCCGAUAAUGCCUUUUCAUGCAGUUUUCUGACUUCUGGUGUUUGUUUGUUUGUUUGUUUGUUCAUACAGUUUAUUUAUGCAUUAACACAGCGAACCGGAAAGUAACUUUCUCAUCUGAUACGCAUCUACAGUAGUGACUUUGUACCGCACCUAACAUUUCUCUAAUAAGAAGGCCUAAAGAUACAAACACACACACACACACACACACACACACACACACACACACACACACACACAAACACACAAACACACACACACAUACACACUAACUCGAUAAAUCCUUAGAUCAUGCUCCUGUGGACUUGGCUUCACCUUUUAGUACUGGGGGACUGUAUGUCUCUGGCUUGGGGCCAUCUUCAUCUCAUUUUCUGUGUAAUAUCACAGCGGCGUGCCGUGCCGCGUCCGUAUCACAGCCCUCCUCAGUAUCUCUCGGUCGGCACCCGUGCCCAGAAUAGCCAAUGCUAGAUUAGAACCAUUUGAAUUAUUAUCAGGUGAAUGGAAUCUUCUCCACCUCACUUUUCUUUUUUCCGUCGUCGUUGUUGUUGUUGAUGUUGGUUGUGAUUUUCUCCGCACCCUGGAGAUGAGGUAAUGGAAAUAACCACGCACUCGUUUAACCACAGAUUCUGUUUUUUACUUUCUCGCUCACAUGAUUUUACUACCUCUACUUUGUUUCCGGCAAUUUCCUAAUCUUCUUCAUUUCACCCUGUAGUUUCCAGCUGAGGCAGUGGGGAGGGGUGGGAGAGAAGACCUGAUCCGUAAAGGCUCCCAAUGCUGACCAUUGCUGCAUAGAGGCUCAUUUGGAAUGCAAGAGCCGGCCUUGCUGCAGCGUAAACACAAUUCAUACAAGGAUGGUUUUACAAAAUGGAUGCUUGCGAAUUCACCUUCACUGUAAUUUUGGGACCUCUGUUAAAAGCCACUGCAUCCCCCUGCUCAGGCAGAUGCCGAGGCAAGUGCACACACACACUCCAGCACAGAGGCACAAAUGAUUUGUCUCUCGUGCUCCCCUGACAUCUUUUAGUUCAUUAAGUGUGGAGAAAAGCGCUUAAGAAAAGACAGGAAAAAAUGGAAGGGGAGAUAGAAAGGAAUAAAGAGAGCCUCGUCAAGAAAAUGGAAGAAAAAAGAGAAAAACACAGGCACGAGGCAGGGACGCUUUUUCCCAGAAAGUGCCGGAAUGAUCCAUCAUAAUGACUCAGCCCCAGAAAUCAAUGAGGGAGUAGGGGUAGCCAUAGGGAUUAGCGAGAGGCAAACAAUCUUUCAUUUCUGUCGCUGAUUUCAAUCUUGAGGAGAGCGUUCUACAGCUGUCAAGCCAGGUUGAGGAUUUUUUUAAUUUGUUUGGCAAAAGGGCAGAUAGAGCAACGUGUGAGGUAUGAAAAGGGUAUGACUGCCAAGCCUUUAACCCUGAACAUGGGCGGCCUCACUGGGGUAAAGGUAGAGUAGGCAAAGGCCCAAAGGGUGGGCUGUGAGGGAGGCUGCUUCCAGAUAUAGCACAUGUAUGUGUCAAACAAAGGCUUUGUUAUGCUUCAAUAUUAUUUCUAUACUUUGUUUUGUUGAUCUUUUGUGUAGACAUUACUUACAGAACCACAUUUUGUUUUGCACAACACUAAUUAGGACGUCCAUUGAAUUUGUUUUUAUUAAUAUAUGAAUGUACUUCUUGUGUGCCUGUGUGGUGCAGGAUUAAUUAAAAAGGAUUAUUUUGAACCUUGAAAUGAACAUAAUAUCCUGGAUGAGAUCACCUGGAGAAACCUAGCCGAUAACACUGAAUUCUGGAAGUUACUGAUUUGCCAAUCCAUGUUGGUGUAAAAGAGUAAAACAGCAACAAUAAACAAUGAGAUGACAA